CUUGAAUCCGUUUACCUGACUUUCAUUUUUUCAAUUGUGUGUCUGUGUUAUUUGCAUACCAGCGGGUACGUAGAAAAUUCUGUGUUUCUAGGAUAUAUAAAAACGAAAAUACGUAUCUCCUCGGUCCACCCGGAAGUUACGUUUCAUAUUCUAUAAGAUUACGUGACCAAGGAUAUGUUAUGAAAACACUGACAAAGCUGAUACACGUCUUUGUCAGCCAUGGAGUUUCUCCCAGUUCUUGACCCUCUUGAUAAACCCAAAGAAGGAAUAUGGUAUUCCUUGAUACCCAGAGGAAGUGCUCCAGGUGUUAGUGUUGGCCACACAUGCACAUUCUGUCCAUCAGAAGACAGAGGAAAAGGCAGAAUCCUCAUUGUUGGAGGAGCUAACCCCAGUGGCACUUUCUCACAUUCCCACAUUAUAAAUUUAGAUAAUCAUGAGUGGGACAUCCCAGAGUGGGAGGGCUUGGAUUCACGAUAUGAACACUGCAGCUUUAUGCCAGAAAGCUGUCCACAGAGUCUGUGGUUGUUUGGUGGGGCUGAGCAGAGUGGUAAUCGCAACUGUAUCCAGAAUGUACAACUAAGAGAUGGUAUUCCCCGCUGGAAGAAGGUGUCCGUCAAUGGUAAACCACCAAGUGCAAGAACAUACCACAAUAACUCAGCCUGUCUUGGGGACAGACUGUUCGUCUUUUCUGGAGGGGAGGCAGGAGCUGAACCAGUCUCAGACCCAAAACUUCAUGUUUUUGACACAGUGUCCUCCACCUGGUCCCAACCAGAAACACAAGGCAAACACCCACCCCCUAGGCAUGGCCACAUAGUUGUAGCGGUGGGUUCAAGGAUUUAUAUUCAUGGUGGAAUGGCUGGAGACAAAUUCCACAAUGAUAUGUACUCUCUAGACACAAGAAUCAUGAAGUGGGAAAAAGUGCAGGCCAAAGGAGACAUUCCUCCAGGAGUAGCAGCCCAUUCAGCUGUGGCACUGGACAAGAACAUCUACAUCUUUGGUGGGAUGACUUCAGAUGGCGCUAGCAACUCUAUGUACAGAUUCAACAUAGACAAAAAAAGAUGGAUCCUAAUGAAAUUUGAAGGAGAUUUGCCACCCAACCGCCUUGACCACUCCAUGUGUUUAUUACCUUGGAAACUGUGUUGUGAAGACACUGAAGAUGUGGAAGAAGCUAACAGCCCAGCUGCCUCACAAACAGUGCAUCUGGCCUUUGUUUUUGGAGGAAUGGACACUCAGGGUGUUAUUCAUAAUGACUGUGUUGUGACUGUGGUGACAUGAUGUUCUUACAGGUCUCAAUACAUUUUAGAUUUUUACUGAGGUUGUGGACAUUCAUCAUUAAAAAAUAGUCAUUCAUACAUACAUUCCGAUAAAGUACUUUUGUCAAUCAGUAAAGACUUGAUUUAGAAAGUUUGGAUGCAAAAGGUCAGAACCAUAUGAUGAGCCACUCAGAAUGUGCUUGAACAGAUGAAUGAGUACUUUAUACCAUAUUUCACAGGUACGAACAUGUCAUUGUCCCUGCCAAAGUGUCCUAAAAUCUAAACCACUGCACAGAGACAACCAAGUAAUAUUUUUUAUUGAACAUUUAUUUCAGUGUCCCUUGCAGAAGUACAAUGUCCAGAUUCAAUAAAUAAAUUUUAGCA